AUGUGGAAGUUAGAUCGUGCAUCAUUUAACUGUAUCACCCGAUUCUCGCAGCAGGGUCAAGCAGACAAUAACACCCAGGGACAGAGCCGUCGAAAAGGGGAAACAUCUCUCCCGACGCCAUCUGCAUCAGUACACAGUGAAGAUUCGGUAGUCAUCGUACGGUCUAUCGAGGCGCCCAGUGGAGAAUUUUCCAGCCUCCUGGCUUCUCAGACUCCAGUGCCACGCCCAACCGAGGUAGUGACACGCGAAGUGCACCGAGCAGCAUCAGCUCCGCCACUGCAACUUCGAGAAGAUAUCAUCAAUCCUACCGGGAAGUCAGGUUUCCUUGGGGAGACAUCCCACGUAUCCAUUUUCGCAGAUGGAUUGGGUAGUUUUUGUGUUUCUCCUUCUGAUCUAGAGUGUUCUCACGUUCAAAAGGUCAGGUUAUCGCACGACCGAAUCGCACAGGGCUGCAAAGUGCUGUCCUUCUUAAAAGACAAACACAUACUAAAUCGUUUUAUAUCUCGAUGGUACGAGAUAUGCGAGGAUGAUGGCUGCAUUUGUAUAGAGCCUAUUAUGAAAGAAUGGCUCUGGGGGUUCUCCCAUUUCGGGGAUGUGUUAAGGGACCAGAAUCCCGAAAAAAUCCAACGGUUAUGUGAACUGCUAUGGCGUAACACCCAAACUUCGAUCACUUUUGAUGAGAACACUACGGCCCAGCAAUGGGCACGGUCUGGGACCGGUCCCAAUUUGCGCUGGGAAGUCAUUGGCCUUGUCGCCGCAAUUGCCGGCCAGUCUGCGAGUACCCCCGAACCUUCGGAUCGAUUCUCUAAGAAUCAUGACAUGGCGCACUCAUCCUUCCCAAGGCAAAUGAAUGAGAUAUCCGAGGCUUGUUUGAGCUUUUGCCGCGAAUGCGAAACAGUAGAUGAUCUUUUUGCUUGGUUGCUCAUGGAAAAUUAUUGUUUAUCCGCAAAACUCAAGGGCGAUACUAGUCACGUCACAUAUACACAAUGCGGCGAGGUUACAGCCGCUGCCGUUGCUAUGGGCUUGCAUCAGGGGAUUAAACCAGAAGAUAAAAUACCCUUCUUUCUCGUGGAGAUGCGGAAAAAGUUCUUCGCUCAGACCUACAGCGCGGAGAUUGGUACAGCAACGUUCUUAGGUCGCCCUCCUAGGAUUUCGCAUCGAUACUGCAAUCUUCAGCCACCUCUAGAUCUUACCUCAUCCCAAAUAGUCCUCAGUGGAGAUGAUUUAGCAAUUGCACUCGCUGGUCUCGACGAGAGGGGAUUCAAUACAACUGGUAGGAUACGCCGCGUUACUUGGAUAAAGACAUGGCUAGGAUUCGCGCCACAAAGGGAAGAUAUACUCGAUCUAGCUAUUGGUCGAUAUUCCCGCGAUGAGAUUCUACAGCGCGCCGAGGAUAUUCAAAAGAGGAGCCAGCAACAUAUUGAAGGUCUUCCGUCGUUCAUUAAGAAAAUGAGGGACGGCCCUAUGGAGACGGAAGGCAGAACACCAAUGGAGAUGUUAUAUACGAUCGUCAUUCGACAAGCAUUCCGCGCAAAUGACCUACUGCUCCAACGAGUUUUGAUUCGGAAAGCCGGCGCAUCUUCCGAGAAGCUCAUACAUACUGCGCGCUUAAUUUUAAAGGAUAUCUUGUUAAUGAGCCAACGUCAUGAUUUAGGGACGUUAUUUCAAACGGACGUUGCUUCUCUUCUCGCCGUCCAGGGCAUGCGAAGUGCAGCCGUUAUUGCAGUCGAGUUAUUGAAACAGGAGCAGCUCCCCGUCUAUCCUAAGGAACCUCUACUACCUAGAAGUCAGACGAUUCAGGACUUAGCUGUAUUCGCGGCUCGAUUGGAAGCCAUUAGUCCCACGGAUGGUUCGUAUAGUAUAUGCGACCAAGGGCGCAAAGUCAUCACGUACAUACUCGAUAAGAUUUUGAAUCACCAGUACUUACCAGACCGGUUUCAAAUUUCCCAGGAGCUGCUCGCGCGUCCAGAAAGUCGACAGUCUGAUCCAUCAAGUUCCGAUGUCCCAUUAAUCGAACCAUCCCAUCCCUAUGGUUUAUACGUUCCCGGAACAAUGGACUCGACGAUGGCGGAUCUAAGUUUCGGUAUGGAAUCUCCUUUCUUGGGACCUGAUAAUGAUUUUAUGCAAUGGCUUGAGAAUAUGGAUUGGGAAAGGCCUGUUCAAUGAAACUGAAAACGUAAAGAAGAGGCUUGCCACGUACUAAAUAAGGAUCAUUUUACAUACAUUGCUCUAUCGUCCGAAUUAUGCAUAAUUUCGUAACUUUCGGAUGUCAACACGGACUCUGGUGACCAGACGAAAGUUGUCCCGAGGUCUUGGCUAGGGGAGAGAGUUUCGUAUGAAUCUCCAGUACGCCUUCUCGCGGGACAUUCGGCUCUCUAGAAUGCAAAAGGCCUAAUGCGUCAAGCCACUGGGACUGUUUUAGGGCUAACCAGGGCGGACUGAAACUGGAGAUUAGCGACCCAAUCAGCGUAAUAAUACUUAACAGAGCGCUGUAUUCAAGCAGUAGCUCCAACUUUUAGGGGUCACUUUUACAUGAUGUCGAUGAUCUU